CUUCCUCGUUUCUUCGAAUGAUUCUUAUGGUCAGGUACGUGCGGUGACUAGGGCCUGAUCCGCCGUCACAUCUUUUCCAAGAAUCCCCACUUGAUGCAGAAACACUUGCAGAGCCCACGCUCUCGACCGGCACACCCACAAAAGGCUGUGAAAUCAUGAAAUGUCAAUAAUACUCACGUACGAGGGGAGUAGGGAGUACCAACUCAAGCCGGCGAUCCAUGAUGAAGCUUCCUACCUACUUGGGUGGACUGCCUGCCGGGGUCUGGAAAGGCUGCAGUUGACUUCCAGCUGCCACUCGCUCCCAACAAAGUCGUGCAGUAGCAUCGAAUCCGUUAUUAUUAUAUUAAUAUUAUCACUAUUAAUACUCCGUAUGAUGAUCCUGGUUGUUAGUUUUAUGCCCUUGCACGGGAUCAAGCAAUCCUGGGCCGAUCUUUACCGUCAGGAAGGGCGGUCAUUAAUCCAGACAACUCAUCGCAGUCAUGAUAUCCAAGCGCAAUCAGCUUCUCCGCUCAAACAGACGGUGUUGGAUGUAGGACGAAGGCACAUCCGCCCCCCCGUCUGUGAAGAUCAGGACUAGGACUAGCCGAAGCUAGUAGAUAGUCGAUAACCACCUUACCUAGGAUUAAUGAACAAUUAACAUCAGGCACGGUGAACUGGUAGCUGCUAGGGAGGUAAGGUACCGAGCCGGCGGGUAUCAAAG